UUAGUGGAGCAUAACUAAUACCCUACUCUGGCAACAGGGUGUGCAACGCUAAAAUAUUCCUCCACCUCCAGUCAUUGGCCUGCCCCAUAAAUACCCUGCAACUGAGUAGAAGAAAUGUCAGAAGUAUGUACACAAAUUAAAGCAAUGGACGCAGCAGCAGUUGGUGCCGAGGGAGAGGAGAGCGUGGGGCAGCACGAGAAGGUGUCCUUCAUGGGGCUGUUCCGGCAUGCCGACGGCAAGGACCAGCUGCUGAUGCUGGUCGGCACGGUGGCCGCGCUGGCCAACGGCAUGACCACGCCCCUCAUGACCGUCUUCUUCGGCGACGUCCUCGACGGUUUUGGCGGCGCCACCGACGCCAACGUCCUCCAGCGCGUCAACAAGGCGGUUCUGAACUUUGUCUACUUGGGUAUCGGAGCAGCAGUCAUAUCCUUUCUUCAGGUGUCAUGCUGGACAAUUACUGGUGAAAGGCAGGCAUCACUCAUUCGAUCUGAAUACCUCAAAUCUGUCUUGAGACAGGAUAUUUCAUUCUUUGACACAGAAAUGACAACUGGGCAAGUAGUUUCAAAAAUGUCUGGUGAUAUAGUGCUAGUUCAAGAUGCUAUUGGUGAGAAGGUCGGCAAGUUCCAAAACCUCGUGGCUGCUUUCCUUGGUGGUUUCAUUGUAGGUUUUGUGAAAGGAUGGAUUCUAUCUCUUGUCAUGUUGGCAUGCGUACCUCCAAUUUUAUUUGCUGCAGGAGUAGUGGCAAAAGUAUUGUCAAAAAUCUCUAGCAGAGGUCAAGCAUCAUACAGUAAUGCGGGGAACAUUGUCGAACAGACAAUUGGAGCCAUAAAAACAGUUGUUUCUUUCAAUGGAGAGAAGAAGGCCAUCAUAUCGUACAAUAAACUAAUACACAAAGCAUACAAGACUGAUGUUGAGGAAGGACUUACCAAUGGCUUUGGCAUGGCAUCUGUUUUGUUCGUAUUCUACUCUAGCUAUGGUUUAGCCAUAUGGUACGGUGGAAAGUUGGUACUUGCAAAAGGAUACACAGGAGGACAAGUCAUCACUGUCUUAUUGGCUAUCAUGACUGGGGCAAUGUCUUUAGGUAAUGCAGCCCCAUGUAUGACUGCCUUUAUAGAAGGACAAUCAGCAGCACAUAGAUUAUUCACAACAAUCAAGAGGAAACCAGAGAUUGACCCUAACAACAAUAGUGGUGAGAAACUAGUAGACAUGAGGGGUGAUAUUGAGCUGAAGGAUGUCUAUUUUAGCUACCCAACAAGGCGUGGGCAACUAAUAUUUGAUGGAUUCUCACUACAUGUGCCUAGUGGCACUACAAUGGCUAUAGUUGGAGAGAGUGGGAGUGGCAAGUCAACUGUGAUUAGUCUUGUAGAGAGAUUCUAUGAUCCGCAAGCUGGAGAGGUUUUGAUUGACGGGGUUAAUAUAAAAGAUUUACAGCUUGAUUCGAUAAGAAGGAAAAUUUCUCUUGUUGGCCAAGAGCCCUUGCUCUUUAUGACAUCAAUUAAAGAUAACAUAACAUAUGGAAAAGAAGAUGCAACAAUUGAGGAGAUCAAGAGAGCCGCUAAGCUCGCCAACGCAGCAAUUUUUAUCGAUAAGUUGCCCAAUGGUUAUGACACAAUGGUUGGCCAGCGUGGUGCUCAACUUUCAGGGGGACAAAAGCAAAGGAUUGCAAUUGCUAGGGCAAUCAUUAAAAACCCCAGAAUACUUUUGUUAGACGAGGCUACUAGUGCAUUAGAUGUGGAGUCAGAGAGGAUAGUUCAGGAGGCAUUGGAUAGGAUCAUGGUGGACAGAACUACGCUUGUGGUUGCACAUCGUCUAACUACUGUGAGAAACGUUGAUUGCAUAUCAGUUAUUCAACAAGGAAAGAUAGUUCAACAAGGUUCCCAUGAUGAAUUAAUACUAAACUUAGAUGGUGCCUACUCUCAACUUAUUCUGCUCCAAGAAAGUCAUGUAGAGCAGAAAAUGGACCAUCGACUAUCUGCUUCAAGAUCAAGUACAAGCCUGUCAUUGAAGCGGUCGAUUAGUGCUUCACUAGGAAAUAAUAAUGAGCUUUCUUGCACACUCCCAUUCGGGCUACCUAGCACAAUUGAGAUGCCUGGAGAAUAUGACACACAUGGAAAUAAUCAAAAAGAGAAGAAUGGUGAGGGAGAGGCACCAAAGAAAGAUCCUAUGGUACGUCUAGCAAUUCUUAACAAGCCAGAGGUACCUAUUCUUAUAUUAGGAUCCCUAGCUGCGGCAGUUCAUGGAGUUAUUUUUCCAGUGUUUGGUUUAGUGAUUUCAAGUGCAAUUAAAUCUUUAUAUGAGCCGGCAGAUAAACUUAGAAGUGAUACAAGUUUUUGGGGUAUGAUGUGCUUUGUUAUGGGUAUCAUAUCAGUAAUCACAAUACCAGCAGAGUUCUUAUUAUUUGGAAUAGCUGGAGGCAAGCUUAUAGAGCGCAUCCGAGCUUUGUCAUUUCAAAGCAUUGUUCACCAAGAAGUUGCUUGGUUUGAUGAUCCUAGAAAUUCCAGCGGAGCACUUGGUGCAAGACUAUCAAUUGAUGCUUUGAAUGUCCGGCGUUUAGUGGGCGAUAACUUGUCAUUAAUUAUUCAACUUAGCUCAACGCUUGUCACAGGAGUUGUCAUUUCUAUGAUAGCUGACUGGAAGCUAGCUUUGAUCACCAUGUGUGUGAUUCCACUUGUGGGUCUUCAAAGUUAUGCCCACGUGAAGUUCCUGAAUGGUUUUAGUCAAGAUGCUAAGAUGAUGUAUGAAGAUGCAAGUCAAGUGGCCACGGAUGCAGUUAGUAGUAUAAGGACAAUAGCUUCCUUUUGUUGUGAGAAAAGAAUUACAAGAAUAUAUGAUCGUAAAUGUAGAGCCUCAGUGAAUCAAGGAGUCAAAACAGGAAUAGUUGGGGGUAUUGGAUUUGGUUUUUCAUACUUGACAUUGUACCUCACAUACGGCCUUUGUUUCUAUGUCGGGGGGCAAUUUGUGCGACAAGGCAAAUCAAAUUUUGGUGAAGUUUUUAAGGUUUUCUUUGCACUGGUCUUAGCAACUAUGGGAGUAUCUGAAACAAGUGCAAUGGCCUCCGAUUCAAAAAAAGCAAAGGAUUCAGCUAUCUCUAUAUUUACUUUGCUAGACCGAGUAUCCGAAAUUGAUUCAAGGAGCAAUCAGGGUUUGAUAUUAGAUGAGGUCAAGGGGAACAUAGAUUUCCAACAAGUCAGCUUCAAAUACCCAAGUCGCCUAGAUAUUCAAAUCUUCCAUGACUUUACCCUACACAUACCCUCUGGAAAGACUGUUGCGCUUGUUGGAGAAAGUGGUAGCGGCAAGUCAACUGUAAUCACACUAUUGGAGAGAUUCUACAAUCCCGAUUCAGGUACCAUUCAAUUGGAUGGAGUGGAAAUCAAGAGCUUAAACAUAAAUUGGUUUAGAAACCAAAUUGGACUGGUGAGCCAAGAGCCUAUACUCUUCGAUGACACAAUACGUGCCAACAUAGCCUAUGGUAAGGAUGGGGAUGUCACCGAAGAGGAGCUCAUUGCAGCUGCAAAAAUAUCCAAUGCACAUGAGUUCAUAUCAAGCCUUCCUCAAGGGUAUGGCACCUUCGUUGGGGAGAGAGGGGCACAACUAUCCGGUGGCCAGAAGCAACGGGUGGCUAUUGCGAGGGCGAUACUCAAAGAUCCUAAGAUACUACUACUCGACGAAGCAACUAGUGCCUUGGAUGCAGAAUCUGAGCGAAUUGUGCAGAAUGCCUUAGAUCAUGUGAUGGUUGGCAGGACCACGAUUGUCGUGGCACACCGCCUAUCUACUAUCAAAGGCGCCGAUAUCAUUGCAGUUCUCAAAGAUGGUGCAAUAGUGGAGAAAGGAAGUCAUGACUCCUUGGUGAACAUCAAAGAUGGAUUGUAUGCUUCACUAGUUGAACUCCGUUCAGCAUCACCGUAAUACCUAGGAUUAGUAUCGGUUCCUAUUGUAUACAUGUGUUACAUGUUGGUUGACCCCCUUUUUGAUUGUUGACUUGUAAUUGCGAUACAUUAGGAACUUGAAAAGGGGCUCAAGAAGUAAAUAGCCAUUUGUUGUGUCUAUGCCUAUCUAAAUUAAGAGUGUACAUAUAUUGGAAAAAAAGAUUAUUUGUCAGGUUUUGAUUCUCAAAUGUACAUUUCUAGUGUCAAUGCAUAAAGGCGUGUGGUUUUGUACUGUACAUACCGUAUGUAUAUAAUUAUUCGAAGAAUCAUCUUUUGACAUGUCAAACAUAUCAUACAUUGUAUGAAGAUGAUAUAUAGCUCCUUUUUUCAGAUGUUGUUGCUAUCCACGGUUUAGGUGCUAAUUCGUACAUGUGUAUUUUCAUUGUGACGAUGAAUGUUUAUGUUGCUUCCUUUUAGGUGCUUUUGUGGCCACAAAUGAUAUCAUCAUGUCUUUCCAAUGUUUUUUUCUUUUUCUUUUGAAAGGAUGUCUUUGUAGUGUUAUCCUUGAGCACCAAAUACUCAAGCCGAGACUUGAACCCUGGUGGGCUGAUUUCUUGUGUGUAGCUCACGCCUCCAAAUGUAUUUCAUCAUGCAAACUUACAGUAAUGCAAUAUACAUACCCAUGUACAUGUGUAUUAUUAAUUUCGGACUUUUCUGAAACUUAAAAUAUCUCAUUUUCAGUUCUUUGAAAAACUUUGUUCAUGUGGACUUUCUUCAUAAUUAUAAGGGACCUGGCUAGGGAGCGCCCGUGCGCCCGUCUGUGCCAUCGAGCACACCUACCUAAAUAGGAAAUUAAAGCUUUCUCCGUAACGUAGGUCUCACCUAGUUGUCCUGAUUAGGAAAAAGUGGUCCCGUUUUCCCGUGACUCUCAUCUAACAGAUCAGCCAUGUUUCAUAUCUCACGUGCAUUUAAUUGAUGUUCCAAAAAAAUAAAAAGCUAUAACUUUUGAUUCGAAGGUCGGAAUUCAGAUCCGUUUUGACCGUUGGGUUCCUGGUGACGAAUUCUUCAAAACUAGAUCCCAUAAGAGUAUGUUUCGACGAACUUUUUUUAUGAGCAACUUCGGGUGGAAUGGAGGCAACUUUAGUGCUAUAGGAAAGCAACUUCUUAUUUUUGACCUAGUAUGACUUCCUAUUAGGUUGAUUUGUGUUAAAACAAGAAAA